GCAAUUUUUAGUCUUACUUGCGGCGGGGCAAAAGGAUAAUUGCCAGGCUACUAGUGUCACUAUAAACUCGAAGGUCUUUUACGGAUCCUGCCGGCCGGCGACGAUGAGUUUGUCACUCAUACAAAGUUACUCCUCAUCGGAGGAAGAAGAACAAGAACAAGAAGAAGAACCUCACUACGACAACUCCGACGAUGACCUAAAAGAUGACGUUCCACAGAAUCGUUACAAACCCUUUUUUAACCCUAAUCCUUCUUCAUCUUCCUUGCUCCCCUCUGCUCUUGAUGCCUUCUCCGAAAUUUCAGGGCCGCCGGAGUUUUUGAACAACAGUGUUGAAGAAGCUGGAAAGGACGUGAAUGAACAGAGACACGGUCGCCGUAAGUACAGCAGAAACAAGAAUGAUUUACCAGCCGGUGCUGUAGUGGAGUCAAAGGCUCAGUUAGUAGGAAUUCAUGAGAGGGUGAGAAGCGAUGUUGGUGGGGGCAUCCCAAAGACAGCUACUGGUCAAGGAAAUGCUUCUGUUGGCACUGUACAAGGAGGCAAACCUGUGGCAACUGCGAGCUAUCCUGGUGCAGAAGAUGCAUCAGAGCUUCUGAGGAUGUGCUUGAGAUGUGGAAUUCCCAAAACGUACACACAUGCGAAAGGGAUGGUGUGCCCAGUGUGCAGUGAUCACCCUGUAAACUCUGAUGAAGAGCCAGUCAAGAAGAAGGGGUCUACCGUCAAAGACAAGGAGAAGAAUAAGAGGAUGAAGGGGCAGUCAUCCCAUGCGACAUGGAAAAGUGAGACAGAAAUGCAUCUCCGCCAACAAUUUGAUUAGUCAAGUCUAAAACAAGUUGGUCCAAAAUAUAUGUAGGUCCUCCAGUAACAUAAUCAAUCAACUAUGUACUUAUAGCAGCUCUACUCAGCUGAAGUGAAACUGGGAAUUAUGCGGUAAUCUUGCAGCUGUCUGUUUAGAGUGCAUAACCUGUGUGAUGUAGAUUCUGGUCCGGCUUUAAAGCUACAGUGCCACCACUUUGUUCGUUUUUCUCAAGUUAUUGCAGCAUAAAUUUGGUUUUUGAU